ACGUGUUUGUGAACACAAGCGAUAGGGACACAUAUCACAUGCUCAUGACAGAGCAGUAACGCUAUAAUUACCGGUCCACAAACCAAAGGUCGCACUGACGGCAUAUCCACACCAAGCAGUAUAGCUUGUCAUGAUGGCUCUCUCUGCGGGUGGACGCUCAGAUUAUGUUUCCGCGGUUUUUGCUGCAUUUUUGUCAGUGACGAUCUUAACAACGGGCACCUGUCAUCCGGAGUCAUACAACGAAAUCGUGAAUCGAGUCUUUAAUGGAGGUUACAGGACUAGCGAUGUGGAUCUUGAUAAAAGACUUGAGGACACGCUUGAACGCCUUGAAGGGAUUACACGGAAGGAUGUGAUCACAGCAAGUGCCCGCUAUCUGGAGACGUCUGCUGAGGUGGCAGGGGGAGUAAGUCCACAAUGUUCAAAUGACACUGUACUUCUGGUGGAGGGAUUGAUAGACAGAGACAGAUGGGCUCUCCAGUUUCUGGACUCAUUUGGCAAGCCUGGCAGUGGUCUGCUGCUGUAUCAGCUCCACUGGCUGGGGUCAUAUGAUGAGUGCAACAGCAUCAAGGUCGCGGUGGAGAAAAGUCUGCCAGACAACUCUACCGUGAUCACAGAGCCCUUCCGCAGUCAGUACUGCAUGGCAUACUAUCCUGUGACAGCACAGAUGGUGGUGGAACUAGGAACGUGUUUCCCGGACUCCUGCAGUGAGAAGGACGUUGCGAUGAUUCUCAAUGGAGUCCUAACAGAAAUAAACCUCAACUUGACAGUAAGCUCAGUGAGCUGCAAGGAGAGAGAUGUGCCCAUUUUAUGUUCCUGUAACCAUGGUAACUUGACAGUAAGCUCAGUGAGCUGCAAGGAGAGAGAUGUGCCCAUUGACUCUGCUGCCUCCGUUGUCAUAGUUGUGUUGGCUAUUUUUGCCCUCCUCCUUUUGACCGGGACAGCAUUUGACAUAGUCUACAUCCAGAUGCCCAAGUGGAGAAGUGAGGAACUGAAGGUCCCUGUGUCCAGUAACAGUAAAUACAGCGCUGAUCUCCUGGGACUGUCUGGCAGUAGUCUGUCUUCAGGGGAACACACCCCGCUGCUUAGUGAACACAUCCCCAGGCAGGCAGACGAUGUCUACACACCAGGUGUUGGCGGCAAGAUGAUUCUGGCGUUCUCAGUGUACACCAAUGGGAGCAAGCUGCUCAGUACCAAGCAGUCCUCAGACAGUCUGCGGGCGGUGCAUGGGAUCCGUUUCAUCAGCAUGUCAUGGGUUAUACUUGGACACACCUACUUCUUUGGGCUUUCAAUGUUUGCAAAUAUUUCAGCAUUACCAAACCUGCUGACUCGGUGGACAUUUGAUGCCAUUGAUAACGCCACUGUCUCCGUGGACACGUUUUUCCUUCUAAGUGGGCUUCUGGUGGCAUACCUGGCACUGAGGGAACUGAAGAAAGGUGAAGGUCGUAUCAACUGGUUCAUGUUCUACUUCCAUAGAUACUGGAGGUUGACUCCGCCCUACAUGCUGUUCAUCAUGGUAUAUGUCGUGAUGUUCAAGUAUUGGGGAAGUGGUCCGAUGUUCCCCCAGACGGGCAACGACCCAUCUUGUAAGACCAACUUCUGGGUGAACAUGUUGUAUCUGCAGAACAUUGUCCGAGACGAUAAGCAGUGCAUGGGAUGGGCGUGGUACCUUGCAAACGACAUGCAGUUCUACGUUCUCAGUCCACUGAUAUUUGUGCCUCUCUAUUUCUCCUCGGUGUUGGGUGCCGUUGCUGCCGGAGUGUUCCUUCUGGCGACGUUCAUCACUACAGGCGUCAUCACUAGCUACUACUCCAUCCCUGCAGGCAUCACUGAGUUGAUGACUCAAGCCCCAGGGAGCGUGGACUAUAUGUCCAAGUACUAUUAUAAACCCUGGUGUCGGAUGGGGCCCUAUAUCAUCGGUCUGCUCGCUGGUUACAUCCUAUACAGAACCAAGUGCAAGAUCAGGAUGAACAGGGUGAGAAUCUUCAUAUAAAAGUGAAAUAAUGUG